UAUGACCAGGUCAUCAAGCAUGUUGAUAAUUAAACUGUCAUUUCCAAUUAUACAUUCAUGCAUAAACUGAAUCUAAUAUUUAUUUUCUCUGUUCCUAUGCCCAAAACAAUUUGAUGAAUCCUCCUUCAAAUAAUAAUGUCUCUCCUCCUCAAAAUCAUCCUACCCAUUUGUUGCCUUCUCACCUUUCCUUCCCUCUUCGCUCAAUCUCAAACUAACCCAACAGGGUAUCUGUUAGAUUGCGGCGCCGGUGAGUCUUCCAGUGCCGGAGUCACCGUCAGCGGGUUGAGAUACGUUACCGACGAGGGUUUCACCUCGGCCGGGAACAUAACGAAGCUCAAACAGAAUGACCUCGUCCCAAUUCUCUCCACUCUCCGUUACUUCCCAGAUACCUCUGCCCGGAAAUUCUGUUACUCGAUUCCUGUGAUUAAAGGCGGAAAGUACCUUGUGAAGACGACGUAUUACUAUGGAGGAUUCGAUGGAGGUGAUAAGCCGCCGGUGUUCGAUCAGAUCGUGGAAGGAACGAAAUGGGGUGUGGUUGAUACGAGCGAGGACUACGCCAAUGGGCUUAGCUCGUUUUAUGAGAUUGUGGUUUUGGCUAAGGCGAAUAGGUUGAGUGUGUGCGUUGCUAGAAAUGGGGAAACGAAGUCGAGCCCAUUUAUGUCGGCUUUAGAGGUGGAGAACUUGGAUGAUUCGUUGUAUAAUGCCACGGAUUUUACCAACAAUGCGCUUAGCACAGUGGCUAGGUGUAGCUUUGGUGAAGAUCAUUCUAUUGGCUUUCCAGAUGACAAAUUCAACCGAAUAUGGCAACCCUUCAAGGACCUAAAUCCUGUGGUGAUUAGCCAUCACAAAGUGAACCCUUUAGAAUUCUGGAAUGUCCCACCCGAAAAGGCAUUCAAGAACGCGAUUACAACGAGCAGAGGAAAGAGGCUACAAAUCCAAUGGCCACAAAUCUCAGUAUCUACUGGUGACUACUACAUUGCCCUUUAUUUCCAGGACAACAGGACUCCAAGCCCAUAUAGCUGGAGAGUCUUUGAUGUGUUAAUAAAUGGCAACAAAUUCUAUGCUAAUCUUAAUGUCACAACCAAAGGUGUGACAGUUUAUUCAACUCAAUGGCCAUUAUCUGGGCAGACUGAAAUUGUCUUGAUUCCCAGCAAUGAUAUGCCUGUUGGACCUGUGAUUAAUGCUGCUGAAGUCCUGCAAAUUCUCCCCCUUGGUGGAAAGACACUUUCUAAAGAUGUGGUGGCAAUGUUGGAUUUGGGUAGACAGUUUAACAAUCCGCCUUCAGAUUGGAGUGGCGAUCCUUGCUUGCCUAAGGAGAAUUCAUGGACUGGUGUUACAUGUUCUCAAGGGAAAUUUGCUCGAGUUGUUGCUUUGAAUUUAACUAACAAGGAACUGUCUGGUACUCUGUCUCCAACCAUAGCAAAUUUAACUGCACUCAAUCAUAUAUGGCUUGGGGGUAACAAACUCUCAGGUACCAUUCCAGAAAUGUGGUCACUAAAGGAUUUAAGGAGUUUACAUUUGGAGAAUAAUCAGUUUGAAGGACCAGUUCCUAAGUCUUUGGGUCAACUUCCACAUCUUAGUGAAAUAUUUCUUAAUAACAACAAACUGGAUGGCCAAAAUUCUGUUACAGCACAAUAGGAAAACGUUGAAAGUAUACAUCUAGGGAAUAAAACUUGGUAGAGCUGUAAUCUAAGAGGAACAAUGGAUAUGAGUUUGACAAGCAAUAUUGAAUGAAACCAAAAUUUUCUAAUUAUGCUAAUCAUAAUGGAUUAUAUGGAGAGAUGACAAAGGUAUCUCAGAAAUAGAUGAUGUAUGUAAUGUUAUUUGCAAAGAUUAUAUAUUUCUGAGUUGUUUUUGCUUUGCUUGUAAUCUUAUUUGCAGUAGAGAAAGCCACAGUUGUAACCACAGAAGAAAAAUGAUUAAAAGAAAAAAGAGAAAGAAAUGGAUAUACAGCUGAUUCUGAUUCAUAUUAAUUUGCUUAGGUUUGUUUGGAAUGAAGGAAUGAAUAAUUGUAAUAAGAAGUUCCUUUUAUUUGCUCUAAAUGAGUGUUAUUUGCACUAAAAUUGGUUCUUUUUUCAUUAUAAAAAAAUUGGUAUGGUAUAUGGUCUAAUGCAACUGAUACUCAAUUUUCGACUGGUAUCAAUAAAUAAAAGAGUAAUUUG